CCGCAAGUUUGAAUCUUCGGCGGAGCAAGACCCUGAUUUCUCGCUUGGAAGGCAGCGCUUCGAAUCCCCAAAGGUCCGCGGCCGGUGGAGAUUGAGGUCAGGGCUCGGGUCUUCGAUUCGAACGACCUCCGCUUUUCCGCUUCUUUCGUCGUUUACGCUUGCUUGAAGAAGAGUCGGUUUCAGAUUGUGGAAUCUUGGAUUCCGGUGGUGUGUUUCCGUGGAUUUGGGGGCUUCUUGAUUGAGCUGUCGGCUAAUGCAAUGGCUCCUAUGGUCGUUCGGAGCUCGCUAGAGAUAAUGCUGGAUGCCAUCAGGCAGAGGGAUGAGCGGCCCAAGGAUCUGCCACCUGCUUUGCCUGUCCGGCCAACCUCGAGAGGGCGGCUGCCCACUUCGAAACGGUCGUUGCCUGUGAAUCUUAAGCUUGACAGUAGUGCAGCCAGAAGCUUGUUGACCAAAUCCAUGAACUGGGAAGACAAGAAAGAGGAGCAGACACGAAGGAGUGGUAUCAAUGUGGUGAUCAAAAACGAAGUUUUUGGAAGCAAGAUCAUUUCAGAUGUGGAGCAACUGGUAGAAUCUGCAUACAUUAAGAUGCCAAACCUGGUCAGCUACGAGGAAAGAGUUCAGGUUGCUGAUGGCACAGAUUUGCUACCACUAGUUGUGACAAAUAAUAGUAUAGACUGUGGUGGUACCAUCAAAUAUGCCAUGAACGAGGUUGCUGGAUUAGGAGAUGCUGGAAAUCAAACAUUGCAGGGUAUCCUCUGGCUUCAAAAGAACUAUCGUGGUGUUCGGGCUCGUUCUCGCUAUCAACAGCUGAAGAAGGGAGCAACUACACUGCAAUCAUUUGUAAGAGGUGAAAGAGCAAGGCAUAAUUUUGAAUUCUUGACGAAGAGAUGGAGGGCAGCUGUUUUUAUCCAAAAGCAUGUGAGGCUGUGGCUUGCUAGAACUGUGUUCAAAAAUCAGCAGAAGGAUAUCAUAUUUUUGCAGUCCGUUAUUCGUGGUUGUCUGGCCAGGAAGCAUUUUAUGGUCUUAAAGAAAGUGGAGGUGUCAAAGGUCAUUCAUGUUAAGGACACCAACAACAAUGAGCCUCCUCAGAUUCACCCCUCUAUUCUGGCCGAAUUUAAGAGUCAGAUGAGCAAGGCAGAAGCAGCACUGAGAGAGAAAGAAGAGGAGAAUGCUAUUUUGAAGCAGCAGCUUCAGGCGUAUGAGACAAGGUGGUCAGAGUAUGAGUUGAAAAUGAAGUCUAUGGAAGAAACCUGGCAGAAACAACUGACUGCUCUGCAGAUGAGUUUUACUGCUGGAAGAAAGAGCAUUGUUCCUGAAGAAAUGACAAAACAGCCUGGAUGGCCAGAUGCAUCACAAACUAAUCACUACUAUGAAGCUGAAGAUGAUGAAUCUGUUGGUGCUCAAACACCAGAAGGCACACUAGCUAAACUGCCUAAUGCAUCUGAUGCCAUGCAAGUAAGAAACAAUGAUACCGCGUGUAAUGCAGUUAUCCAACUGAUAAAGGAGUUUGAUCAGCAAAGGCAAGUUUUCGAUACUGAUGCUGGCUUACUCAUUGAGGUGAAAUCAGGAGCCAUAAACCCUUAUGAAGAGCUCCGAAAUCUUAAAUCUCAUUUUGCUUCAUGGAAGAAGGAUUACAAGAUGCGACUAAGGGAUACAAAGACAGCAUUACUAAAGCUUGUCAAUCCCGAAAAAAGAACAUACAAAAGAUGGUGGUGCACCACCGUCGCUGCAAGAUGAUACAGAUGAUGUGCACCAAGAAAUUCUUCCUGGGCAUCAUAAUUGCAGUUAUGCAGAUGGGCUUUCUAACUGCAAAUUUGAAGACUUAAUGAUAGUUUGACCAGAACCUUGAUGGUCUCUCUUGUUUGCAUCUGAGGAAUUUGGUUGCGCCUCUUCUUCAUUUGAUGUCUCCAUAAUAUCAUCAUCAUCAUCCAUGUGUACAAUGCAUAUAUGGCUUUUGUAUUUUUCCAUGUUGUUUAGGAAGAGAUCACUCCUGCAGUGAAAACGAAAAAUUUUAAGGGUGUGACAGUAAUAGAUGUAGAAAAAAACCCAAUGUUCCGUCAUACAUUGGGCAGUUGUAUCUUAAAUUUUCCCUAUCUUUUCCCCAUUGGGGUGAUCCUUGUAACCUUCUCAUUUUCUUAAUGAAGUUUGAUUUCUUGUCUUUAUUAA